CUAAAUGUGUGCAGUAGUUCAGACUCGUGACUGUGCGCAUGUGUGUGUGUCGCUGCUCUCCCUCAGGUCAGGUGAAGGUGGUCUUCACGCUCUACAAGAACCUGGGCGCGUUUCUGUCGACGCUGAACGCCACGCUGAAGCCGGACGCGGAGCUGCACAGUCUGGCGGUGAACACACACAUCAUCUCUGCGUCCAUGAACAAAGAGUCCAGCAGAGUGUUCCUGACCGAACCUGUGCUGUUCACACUGCGCCAUCUACAGCUGGAGGAUCACUUCAGCCCCAACUGCUCAUUCUGGAAUUACUCGGAGCGCUCGAUGACGGGUCAGUGGUCGUCGCAGGGCUGCCGGCGUCUGCACAGCAAUAACACACACACCACCUGCGCCUGUUCGCAUCUCACCAACUUCGCUGUGCUCAUGAACCACCAGCAGCCCACCUAUCCGGGUGGUGUUCAGGGCCUGAUCCUGUUUGUCAUCACAUGGGUGGGGAUGGUGAUCUCUCUAGUGUGUCUGGCUCUUUGCAUCUCCACCUUCUGCUGCUUGCGGGGUCUUCAGAGCGACCGCACUACCAUCCACAAGAACCUGUGCCUCACACUCUUCAUCUCACAGCUCCUCUUCCUCAUUGGCAUGGACAAGACACACUACACGGUGGUGUGUCCAGUUCUGGCUGGUCUCCUGCACUUCUUUCUGCUGUCCGUCUUCUGCUGGCUCUGCAUGGAGACGGUGCAGCUGUAUGUGUUGAUGGUGGAGGUGUUUGAAAGCGAGACGUCUCGAAGGAAGUAUUACUACCUCUCUGCAUACGGUUUCCCCACACUGGUGGUGGCCAUUUCUACAGCCAUCGACUACAGGAGCUACGGAGGAGCCAAGGCAUGCUGGCUGAGGGUGGAUAACUACUUCAUCUGGACGUUCAUUGGCCCCGCCUCCCUCGUUAUCCUGCUGAAUCUGGCGGUGCUGGUGAUCACGGUGCACCGGAUGCUCCGUCACUCCACCGUCCUCAAACCCGACUCCAGCAGAUUCGACAACAUCAAGUGCUGGACAGUCAGCUCGGUGACGCUGCUCCUGCUGGUGUCUCUGACGUGGAUCUUCGGUCUGCUCUUCAUCAAUGAUAACAGUGUGGUGAUGGCGUAUCUCUUCACCUCCUUUAACGCUCUGCACGGCAUGUUCAUCUUCCUGCUGCACUGCGCCCUGCAGAAGAAGGUGCAGAAAGAAUACAGCAAGUGUCUGCGUCAAUCACCCUGCUGUGGCCACGCCUCCUCCACUGGUACCCAUGGUUCUCUCAAGAGCUCCGCCCACCGGGGAAACAACCGAUAUUAUGGCGGCAGCCAAUCACGGCACGCACCUGCACAGAGACAGAGCCGCAUCAGGAGGAUGUGGAACGACACGGUGCGGCGUCAGACAGAGUCGUCCUUUAUGGCUGCAGAGAUCAACAACACACCCACACUGACCCGAGGCACUAUGGGUAAUCACCUGCUAGCCAAUCCAAUGCUCCAGACCCGCUCUGGCUCCUCCCCUUACAACACCCUAUUGGCUGAAACAUUCAACCCCCCCUCACCAGCAGUUUUCAACGCCACUGGUCAGUGUGUGAUGAUGACAGACGUUCUGUGUGUGAAGCUGCGUCCCAAAUGGCACACAAUACACUAUAGAUUAUAGACUUAUACACUAUGCAUGUAUAUACUGUACACUAUGCACUAUACACUUAUUCACUGUGCACUAUACACUGUGCACUAUACACUGUGCACCUUUACACUACACUGUUCACUAUACACUUAUACACUAUGCACUAUACAC